AUGCCGAGAAAACGUCCCAAAAAGAAUGCGGACGAUGACGGAGGGUCUGAUGAGUGCCCCCUCCUGUCGCUCGCGCACCAGGUGAUGACCCCCAUCGCGGCGCACCUCGACGGAGACGACCUGUCCGCGUUGGCGCGAACCUGCGUCGCGAUGCGUCGCCUCUGCGACGGCCCUCAAGGACGCAUCUGGUGGCGCGACGCGUGCGUCAGACUCCUCGGUAAGACCCACUGCGCGGUGCAUCUUCGCGCGUGGGGCGGACCGGACGGGGGAUACGACGACGCGAGGCUGUGGCGCCAACUCCACCGCCACGCGAGCUUCCCCGUGAGUUUCUCGUGGCACGCGGGGCUGGGCGGUUCGCUGUGGGAGGGCGUUCAGAACAAGGACGAGGCGGCGCGACGAGAGGCGCUGCGACGCGCGGAGGCUCGGCUCGGACCCCUCGAGGAGUACGACGAGGACGUCGACUGGGUCGAGCAGGAUGACGAUACCUCGUACACCGGCGCGGCGAUCCUGCCGAGGUCCGAUCGAGCGAGAGCCGACGUAGCGGAACGGGGCCCGCUGGCGGUGGCGCCGCAGCUGUCGCCCGAUCUCGCGCGCAGCGGGCACACCUCGACGCUGAUCGAUGAACUCGGACUGAUGGUCGUCGUCGGGGGCAUGAUGCUCGUCUCGAUGGUGGCGGGGGACAACGAACAUCCGCCGGCUCCGCCAGAUUUCAACGGCGGCGACGAGGGCGACGUCAAGGUGCACGCGGUGAGACUCCCGGAGAUGCAAGUCGUCGCGCCGGACGUCAUGAACUGGACGUCCGCGUCGGAGGCUCGCGACGAGGAGGAUCCGAUGUCGGCGAAAGAGCCGUGCGAGGUUCCGGCGUCGAGGUUUCGGCAUCAGACGAUCGACGCGAGCCUGCCGCUCGGCAGCCGCCUGUCUUGGAACGCCUUCGGAGACGACGGCCGGGGCUGGGGCGCCGACGGUACCGACUACUCCAAGGGCGCCACGCUCCUCGUUCACGGCGGAUACGACGGGAUCAGCCGCUGUUUCGAGAAGGUGUAUCUCCUGCGGGUCGCGCGCGAUGGGUCGCGAUGUCUGUGGGGUGACCCGGGAGCGCCGACGAACCUCGUGAACGGGGAACGAAUGCCGCGGGUGUUCCACCACACGCUGACCCGGCUGAGGAACUCGCCGAGGGCGAUAUCGAUCGGCGGACAGACCGACGAGGAUCAACGGACGCAGGAUGACCUGGGACACGGCGCGGUUCACGAGAUGAACCUCGACACGUGGACCUGGACCCGGCGCGAGACAAACGGAUGGCCGGCGAGGCAAGUCGGCGAAAUGGACGUGACUCUCACCAGCCGUUGGUUGCACAUCGCCGCGCUACGACCGCCGCGCGAACGAAGGGUGUACCGAAACUGGACGCAGUGGAACCGAAAUUCGUAUUUGUAUGCUCCCGUCCCCAGAGACACAAGAGUGAGGAAACAUUCGUACAAGGAGGCCAUGGCGGUGAUGAGUCCUUACAUGACGAAGUUGGAAAGAGCGCAAGGGGAGCAGAUCGUCAUCGUGGGAGGGUACGACGAUUCGCCAGACUCGGCCAUCGGGACGAUGGAGCCGUGGGUGCUCGACGUGGAAUCCUGGACUUGGCAUCGAAGCUAUUGGGGGCCGGAUAAUUACGAAUCACAUACGCCGGAUGGUGAAUUCAUACAGUACAUACCCGAUGGAAGGCACCGGGCGGGUUCCUGCAUGAUUGGCCAAAACUUACUGCUCGUGCACGGCGGCAUGGGUAAGUCACUUAUGUUUGGUGGGAUAAAUAUGUUGGAUGAAUCCGAUUCAUGCGUUCUCGAUCUGUCGACGCUCACUUGGAUCCACCCUGAUCAAGGUCUCCACCCAAGGGAUAGCGGCUUGAUGUUUGAUGACGCGUGGCAAUCUGUUCGCUUGCGCUCAGUCGCGGGACACACGCUCGAAGGUAUGCUCGCCUUUGGAGGGUGCGAACUUGGUUUCAUGAGACAACCCACGCCCAUCGCGAAGAUGGACUUCCUCAUACUCGGGCCGACACCGGGCGUUGGAUGUUCCCGGAGUCCCAGAAAUAAGCUAUUGUACUACGCAGCAGCGCCGAUUGGCAAGUUACAAAGGGAUUCUUGGAGGAGUUUGUUUCGGACGGCGUCAGAGAGAGUGUCUAAAUACCGCGUCCGUGGAUUUCAUCGAAUCGUCAUCGACGGGAGGGAACGGCGUGUGAUGCUGCUGGAACAUCGCGAUGGAUCGAAGGGCGGCCUCGUGUCGGUUCGCCACAUAGGCAAUCAUGGCAGCUUUUGCGAUGAACGCUGGUCCUUUUGGUACGAGGAUAGCGACUCAGAUUUCCACUCAUCCUCAGCAUCAGACGAGGAUAGCGAUUAG